AUGAAUAGUAAAACAGAGAAUAAAGUAGAAGAUAUAGAAUCAGAGGAAGAAGAAGAAGAAGUAUACGUACCUUUCUCAAAGAGACCAGAGUGGAGUGAUGUAACUCCAAUCGAACAAGAUGAUGGUACCAAUCCAAUCUGUCCAAUUGCAUAUAGUGAUCUAUUUAAAGAUAAGAUGAAUUAUUUUAGAGCAAUCAUUAAAUCUGGUGAGAAAUCAAAGAGAGUGAUCGAUUUGAUCGAUGCGAUCAUCGAAGACAAUCCAUCGAACUACACCGUUUGGUAUUAUCGUCGUGAGGUCCUCAAGUCGAUCGAAUUCGAUAUUGAAGAGGAGUUUUAUUUCGUCGGUACAAUGGGUGAGUCCGAUCCAAAGAACUAUCAGAUUUGGAAUCAUCGUCGUUACCUGGUGGAGACCUACAAGGAUAGUUCGCGUGAACUCGAGUUUGUUGCCGACCGUCUCUUUGAGGACGCCAAGAACUACCACGCCUGGGCACACCGACAAUGGGUGAUGACCGCGUUCAACCUGUGGGAUCAGGAGUUACCGUUUGUCGAAUCGCUACUGAAGUUGGAUCAUCGUAACAACUCUGCUUGGAAUCAACGAUUCUUUGUCAUCGAGCAUAAGCACCGAUUGCCGUUGCCACUGCCGGUAUUGGAGAGUGAGAUCGCCACCACUCUGUCAUUCAUAAGAAUAUCGCCAAACAACGAGUCACCCUGGAGUUACUUGCGUGUAUACCAACUAACUAACUAUAUAUAUAGAAGAAUGCCAACUCCAUUAUUUAAAUAUCAAUGUGAGUUUAUGAGUAAUAUUAAAGUUAUAAGUUUGACAGUAGAGAUACCAGAGUCUGAGAGAAAAAGGAAAUUAGAUUUCUCACCGUUUAGUAAAAAGAGAUCGAACAUAGGUUUACUUAUCAGUUAUAUAGAUAUAGUUCAUAGUAGUAGUUCAUAUUCAUUUAAAAUAGAUAUUGAUCUACCUUUACAACAUAUAAUACCAGAUAUAAGAAAUAACUAUACCAACUUCUACCCGAAUCAAAAGGAUGCUUCAUCGCUAUCCAUCAACAUACCUUAUUCAUUUGCAGUAGUGGAAGAUGAAAACUUUAAUAUUAAACUAAAUAGACAAGAUGAUUACGAGAGUAGAUUAACAAAGAAUACUGAAGAUCAAGUUGAUAGAUUAAGACAAUAUUUAUCAGAUUUGAAUCAACAAAAUAAUAAUAGUAAUAAAGAUAAUAAUAAUAAUAGUAUAGAUAAAUCAUUUAUAAUAUGUAGAUUAUGUUUAAAUAGUAUCAUAGAGUAUAGUGGUAUUAGUUCAAUUAAAUGCUUACCAUCUUCAAGUUGGUCAGAGUUGGCAGAUGUAUGGUUGUGUGGAUGCACCGGUACUUCUCAGUUCAAAGGUUUACCAAAUGAGUUAUCAUCUAUAAAGGAUCAAUGUCUAGUUGGUGAUACUUCUAUACUGAUGCAUAGAUUCAAUCUAUUCGAAAGCAAUAUAGUUACAAUCGACUCUACAACAACUACUACUACUGCAACAAUAAUUUCAAAUCAAAGUAAUCAUGAUAAUGAUCAUAGUAAUAGUAAUCAUUUGUACAAAAUCAUACAAUGUAAACAUUGUAGUCAACAAAUAGGAUUGAUACAUGGCGAUAAUUGCAAAAUAGAUAAACAUAGAGUAGCUACAAGAUCAUUAAAAUCAUUCAAUAAUGAUGAUAGCAAUAAUUACUUUUAUCCUGGCAUUGAUAAUAUCUUCUCAGUAAACACCAUCGAAACAGUAUUCAGUUCAUUGAUAUUAAAUGAAUCACACAUGACAGCAAUCUAUAAAUUCCUUUUGGUUGCACCAGAUCACAAUCGUCAGUGUUUCUUACGACUAACCUUACAGAGUUGGGAUACAUUUAUUUUGUUCGAUAAUGAUACAAACAAAGAUAGUACCAUAGAUGAUGAUGCCAGCAAAUUUUUGCCAAUAAUUAAAAUUAGAUAUCAAAUUGUGAAUAAAAAGAAUGUUGACAUCAACACUGGCAAUAACAAUGGAAAAAGCAAUGAACUACUCGAUGACGACUCUUUCAAUAUUAUAAGUCUUCCUCUGGUGGAUUGUUUUGAAAUAGUUAAUUUACUUGAGAGUAAUCAUUCGAAACUUUCAAAGCAAAGAUUGCUCUCAUCAUCUUCUUUAACAAGCAAUAACAAUAAUAACAAUAAUAAUAAUAAGAAUAGUGGUGUUGGCGAUGAAUCUUCAAGUUAUACAGAAACAACCCCACUUAAAUUAUCAUUCCUAAGAAGAAUAUAA